AUGCACAGGAAAGCACGUACUGAAAUAGAAAAAUAUGAUCUUGAGAGUCUUGAUGUUAAUGGGUUAAUUGAUUGUGGUGUUAAAUCAUUUUAUAAGUCAUUUGAUCCAAUAGUUGAUAAAGAAUUCAAAUUAGAAAUUGGUGUCAUGUCUGAUGAAACUAAUGGUAAGUUUAAGAGAUUGUCUGAAGAUGAAGUAAUGAGUUAUGUUGAACUUUAUAAAGAUUUAACAGUUGAAGAUGUUGAAUAA